AUGACCGGAUCACUGGACGCGGCGAAUGCCGACGUUGUUACUCGAAUGGCGUUUAUAUUGGUGGCGUGCAGGAGCUUUACAGAGCCCGAUAGCGGCGCCGUGCUGUGCCACUUUGCCCCGAAGCAGAGUCGACGUUUUGGUCGAAGCGGUCCGCGGCAAUUGUACGCGCGGCACAUUAUUCACUCGUGGCGUUCGGUGCAAAAGCGGUUCGGCGUCGGCCGCGCGAGGCAUUCGCCGACGUCAGACAACAGACGGAAAGGAGGCGUGAGAGCCGGCGGAGUCGGGCGCGAUGCGAGAUUGUGUGCGCGCGCUCUAUUUUGGUCGCGGUGGCACACUCGGCGGCUAAUCGGCACGUCACGUGACGAGCGCCGGAAGGACGCGGGGCGCGGGAGGGGGCCGCGGGGCGCGGGCGGCGCGGCGUCGGAAUGCAGCCACCACCGCUCGAUGCACGGCCCGCCGAUUGAUCGGCCGGCCUGCCCUCGUCGCCGCUACUUAGCAUUCUAUUAUUCCACAGCAUUCGUAUUUGUGUUGGCCCCGCACGCGCGCGGAUUGCAGGCGAUCACCCACCCGCGCGCGCCUCACCCCGCCACCCCGCUCUCGAACGCCGUAAGUAAACAGUCUGGUGUUUAUCCGCGUCUCGCUCGCACCGAACGCGUCGCGUCGCGCCUCCGAGGUGCACUCGCUGUUCCUAUUAUUUUCGUGACGGGUAUUGCGCCGAAGCCGAUUCCCGCAUCCUCGCCCCAGCGGAGACGCGAGGUCCGGUCUCGCGGCGGAGGCGGCGGCGGCGACGGCCGCUCGCACAUCGCGCGCCACUCCACGCCCGAGGCUCACUGUCGCAUCGGUGCGCGCCUAAUGAAACGCCCGCGUUUCCGUCGUCGGCCCGCCGCGGACGUU